AUGGAUUCUGGUAACAGCGGGAGUUUGCAAUCCUCAAGUGGAGGUGAAGAUGAGUACGAUUCACGGACUGAGUCGAUCUCGUCUUUUUUGAAUCCCGGCGGCCAUUUUGGUUCAAUAUCUAGCCCCCAGCCACAGUUCAUGUCCCAACAGAACAAUUUCUUCUUUCCUCGUUCGAACCUCGAUGCAUUUGUCCAACAAUCAUCGGCCAAUCCUAAUGCGAAUACUCAAUACAAUAAUGAUCUUGUUUGGAACAGAAGUUCAAGAUCCGAUCAAUCCAAUUAUGCCCACUUUGGGAACUUAGCAGGGUCAUCAUCAAGAACCCAGAAUCUUGUAAAUUCCCAAGGACCCAACAGUACCCAGCAGGGCCCGGUCCAGUUCCCAAACGCACUAUCCGUACAGUUGACAGCGCAUGCCGGUUCAGAACAAUCUGAUCAACGACCCAACAGUGCAAUCAAGAAUCCUAAGAAACGGCCGAGAGCUUCAAGGCGUGCUCCAACAACGGUGCUGACGACUGACACCACAAAUUUCAGGCAAAUGGUGCAGGAAUUUACAGGCAUUCCGGCAGCUCCAUUUUCAGGUCCGCCGUACUCACGUCGGUUCGAUCUCCUCUCCACCAUGAGGUCCGGCCAUUUGGACACACUGGGAUCCAUGUAUCCUAUCCGGCCCUCAGCACAAAAGCCCCACAAUUUAUUGAAUUUGCAAAAUCAGUUUCUUCAACUUCAGCCUCUACUGCAUUCUCCUUCACUUAAGAAUCAAUCAGGACAGUCUUUUGGUACUCUGGGGAUGAACCAUGAUCAACAAGUUGAAGCUAAUCUUGGUGGGUUUUUAAAUUUAGAAAGCUCUUCAACUGCUGCACAAGAAAGGACUGAAGGGAAUCUGCAAGAAAAUAUGGGAACGUUUGGUGGAAAUAUUGGUUCAGAAUAUCAUUCUGAUAAAGGACUUGAAAAUGUUUCUUCAACUGCCGACGGUACGGUGAGCUCAUGGAUUUGUCCUUCUGAUUAA